AUGGCACGUUCAGCACAAGAUGCUCUGGCUGUAUUGCGAGGCAUACAACUGGUAGCGGAGGCGUUGUGUCGCGAGCAGAGCGCACAGUGUAAACAGCGUUGGAGUCAGUCGAGUAUACGCGAGCUAUUGCAGGGAAAUUUUCAACAGAGCGCAAAUUAUUUGCAGCAAGUUGGCACACAACCAACGGAGGAGCUGAAAAAGUUGCAACAAUUGCUACAGGAAACUAGUGAGCGCACGUGCGUUGUAAUAGAGGGAUUGCGACAAUUGAGCCUUUCCAAAGUGCCUAACGAAUUGCGUAUGACUCAGCAGACGUUGCAGCGAGCAAUGAGUGAUGUAAUUGGUGAUGCGGGUAUUGGCAAGACUGCUGGAGAGGGUGGUGCUGUGAAACCCAGUGGAACAGUCAAUUUUAGUAGCAGCAAUGCUGGUGCUGCCAACGCUGGCAAGACCGGUAGUCCUUUGGAUGCAACACAGCUUGACAUAUCGUCCAUUACACUACAGGAAUUGGAGGAAAUACUUUCGAAACGUAAUAAAAAUCGUGAUAUUAGCUUGCGUACGCCAUCCACAGAGCAUAAGCAAGUGAAAGAUGUGACUGUGCAACCAACGGAAGCAGUUACACUAGCAGCUGGUAAAACGCCAACGGCAGCAACAACAAGCGCAAAUACCACAGCGACCGCAACAUCUACCACAACGGCUGCCGCGAAUCCAAUUUCAUCUGAUGCAUUGAAAGCAGACACAGUGUAUGUAGAAAAUAUAUUAAAAACAAUUGCCGGAGACACAUCUGCGCCGGACUCUGGAAGCACAACUUCCAUCGAAUUGCCCACCUUGAGCAAAGUGGCCAAACAACGACGUGUUCCGUCCAGUCGUUUGGGACGUAUGGUUUCGUUUGGCGGUCUUUUUGCUGGUCUAGGUGUCGGCACUAUAAACGAAUUAACUAAGGGCGCACUUGGUUUAGGCGGCUCGAAAAACUUGAAGGAGGCCCUACUAAGUCCAGCUAAUGCGGAACGAAUUGUCGACACACUUUGCAAGGUGCGCGGUGCAGCGCUGAAAAUCGGCCAAAUACUAAGUAUACAGGAUUCGAAGGUGGUGUCACCACAGCUGGCUAAAGCUUUUGAACGUGUACGCCAUGCGGCCGACUAUAUGCCCGAUUGGCAAGUGGAGCGCGUAAUGAUCACACAAUUGGGCGCCGAUUGGCGUAAUCUUUUGGAAAGUUUCGAUGAGAAACCAUUUGCGGCGGCUUCCAUUGGGCAGGUACAUCGCGCUACAUUGAAAGAUGGCAUGCAAGUGGCUAUAAAAAUUCAAUAUCCUGGCGUGGCGCAAAGCAUCGAAAGUGAUAUUGAUAAUUUAGUAGGCAUGCUCAAAGUAUGGGAUGUCUUUCCACACGGCUUCUUCAUUGACAAUGUGGUCAAGGUGGCCAAACGUGAACUAAAUUGGGAAGUAGAUUAUACACGUGAAGCUGAAUAUACAGAUAAAUUUAAGCAGAUGAUUGCACCCUAUCACGAGUACUAUGUACCGAAGGUCAUUAAAGAAUUGACUACUAGCAGCGUACUGACUACAGAAUUAGUGCCAGGUGUACCAUUGGACAAGUGCUUCGAUUUAAGCUAUGAGCAUCGCCAUCACAUUGCUUCGUCUAUACUCAAGUUGUGCUUGCGUGAGCUGUUCGAGUUGGAAUGCAUGCAAACCGAUCCGAAUUGGUCGAAUUUCCUUUAUGAUGUUGAUACGAAGAGACUAAUGUUAAUUGAUUUUGGUUCAACGCGUUUCUAUCAAAAGCAAUUCAUACGCAAUUAUCGGCAGGUAAUAAUGCACGCUGCAGAGAAUAAUCGUGAAGGUGUCUUGCGCAUGUCACGCGAAAUGGGUUUUCUCACAGGUUAUGAAACCAAGCAAAUGGAAGAGGCGCAUGUGGAUGCUGUUAUGAUACUUGGCGAAAUAUUUCGCUUUGAUGGUGAUUUUGAUUUCGGCCGGCAGAACACUACCGAACGCAUUGCUCAUUUAGUACCCACAAUGGUCGCACAUCGCCUUUGUCCACCGCCAGAGGAAAUCUAUUCCAUACAUCGCAAAUUAUCUGGUAUAUUUUUGCUGUGCUCACGCCUAAAUGUACGACUUAAUUGUCGGCCGUACUAUGAUGAAAUUGUUAUUCAGAAGUUCAAGGAGUAAUAUUGGAAAGGCACAAACUGUUAGAUAUACAUACGUUGCCUUUAUAAUACGAUCGCCUUGCUGUUUUUCUAACCAUUUUAAGUAUAUUUGUAAGACAAGCUGUUGUUUGUUCGUGUAUUUAAGGUACUUAGGUGGAUUUGUAACUUGUCUUAAAUCGUACAGCCGAAUUUUUGUUUAGUUUAAGCAUACAGUUAAAUUAAAUAAAUGAAAUAAAAUGAUUAAUGUAGCUUACCACAUGCAAUACCAUAGCACUGCUCUCACGACAGCUGGCCAGACGUAACCGACCUAGAUUUUAUAAUUGGCCUUGUAUAUUCACUUCACCAGAAUUCCCUAAAACACACAACAAGCAAUGCAUUCUAUGCAAUUUAUGCAAUUUAUUCGGAAAAAUGCUUAGGAUUUCACUUUACACACUUAAAUUAACUUUAACACUUAUUUGGGGAUUUUUUAAGCGGUAUACUACGUUUUACACUUCUCAAAUACACUCUUCUGAAAGACUCUGGCUUAAGUACUUUACAUACAAAACUAAAUUAACUGUUUUUUUCUAUUAAAUAUCACCUCACUUCUAAUUUUUACUUUAAUUUCUAAUUUCUCAUUUGUAACCCGACGCGCACUCAC